AUGGGCCCCUGUACCGCCUCCUCAUGCUGCUGCCAGGCCCGUAAUCUGCCAUGGGCCCCCGUUCCAACUCCUCAUGCUGCUGCCAGGCCCGUAAUCUGUCAUGGGCCCCUGUACCGCCUCCUCAUGCUGCUGCCAGGUCCAGAGUGUGUCAUGGGUCCCUGUACGGCCUCCCAUUGCUGCUGUCUCCAUCGCCACACUCUGCCAUGUGCCACUUUCAGGUCUCCUCACACUGCUGGUGGUUUCCAUUUUUGUCAUAGGGUGCUGUAUGGCCUCCCAUUGCUGCUGCCUCCACCGCCACACUGUGGCUCCACACUCUGGUUUUGGCCCCGUGACUGCCCAAAUGAGUGAAGUGUGCGGUGAUUCUAAGAUCGACGGCACUCAUCUGCAUGUCAUACUGACUGACAGUAUUAUUUCUCUUCCCCAGCAGACUCCAAGGGCAUUUAAAUUAAAGGUACAGUGUUCUGCACUAAUA